AUGGUUAAACCAGAACUAGGGCUCCCUGCUUGCGCCAAUAACAGGAAUACGGCUCUACAGCGCCUCCUCUCGCAAUUACGUCGGUUUCGUUUCGACCCAGAAUUGCUGUCUCAGUAUGACAAGGUCAUACGUGAGUAUUUUGACGAAGGUCAUGCUGAAAAGGUAAUGGGGAUCACCAGCCGCCAAAUAAACGUUUAUUACAUGCCCCAUCACGCGGUUGUGCGACAAGAGGCGGUCACCACGAAACUCCGCGUUGUAUUUGAUGCGUCGUCCCACUUGCCAGGUCAGCAAUCGUUGAACACUCUCCUGAUGAAAGGGCCGAAGCUAAACGCAGAUCUGCUACAUCUUCUGUUGCAGUUCCGCUGCAUCUCCACGGUUUUAACCGCCGACAUCAGGAAGGCAUACCUGCAAAUCACCAUUCGCCCCGAAGACAGAGAUUUCCUUCGCUUUCUGUGGGUAAAGGAUGUACGGCAGGCAUCCAACGACAGCAAUCUCGAACUUAUCUAG